UAAUGUAUAGAAAUUUAUUGAAAUUGCGCUAUGCAUAUCAACCAUGUAUAAAUUAAGAUCAUUAUCAUUCUAGAAACAUCAUAAUUAACUCCAAUCAAGAUGACCGUUAGAGAAGCAAUAAAUCUAGCCAUGGAUGAAGAGCUUGCUAAUGAUCCAAAUGUAUUUUUAAUUGGUAAAUUUUCAAAGUAAUAUUUUAGGUGAAGAAGUAGGGCAAUUUCAAGGUGCUUAUAAAGUUUCUAAAGGACUUUUCUAAAAAUAUGGAGGUGAUAGAAUUAUUGAUACACCAAUCACUGAAGCAGGAUUUACAGGUAUCUCAGUCGGAGCUGCCCUUUAUGGAUUAAAACCCAUAGUUGAAUUUAUGACAUGGAAUUUUGCAAUGUAAGCAAUUGAUCACAUCAUAAAUUCAGCAGCCAAAGCACAUUAUAUGAGUGCUGGAGAUUAAAAGGCUUCAAUAGUAUUUAGAGGAAUUAAUGGGUAAUAAAUAAAUAUUAUAUUUCAGAGCAACUGCAUAUGUAGCUGCACAACAUUCUCAAUGUUUUGCUUCUUGGUAUAGUAAUGUACCAGGAUUGAUUGUAUUAGCACCUUAUGAUUGUGAUGAUGCAAAAUCAUUAUUAAAGGCAGCUGUUCGUAAUCCAAAUCCUGUUGUUUUUUUGGAGAACGAGAUAUUAUAUAGUGAAUCAUUUGAAUUAUCUGCUGAAGCUAGAGAUCCAAAUUAUAUUGCUCCAAUUGGAAAAGCUAAGAUUAUGAGAAAAGGUGAACAUGUUACAAUUGUAGCAUUUUCUAAAAUGGUUGAAUAUUCACUUAGAGCUGCUGAAUAACUAUUUCGUGAAGGCAUAAGUUGUGAAGUCAUUAAUUUAAGAAGUUUAAGACCAUUGGAUAGAGAUACUAUUAUUGAAAGUGUAAAGAAAACAGGAAGAGUUGUUUGUGUUGAAGAAGGAUGGCCAUAAUCUGGUAUUGGAGCUGAAAUAGCAGCUCUUAUUAUGGAAGGAGGAGCUUUUAAAUAUUUAGAUGCUCCUAUUUAAAGAGUCACAGGAGUUGAAAUACCAACACCAUAUGCUUUUAAUUUAGAAGCCAUUACAUUUCCAAAAACAGAACAAAUUGUUGAUGCUGUCUUAAAUGUAUUAAAAGGGGCUCGUUGAU